AGGCGCUGGAUAAUCUCACGCAAGCGUUUGUUCGAGUUUGGUAAAGUCUAUUCGCCCUAAGCCUCCCCCACAUAUAAUUUUCGACUCUCGAGCUUAAGAGUGCCCGCUGGGAUUAACAACAACAAAUUUUCCUUGAUGGUGUGAAACAACACAUUUAAUUCUGUCCUCGGCCUACUCCCCUCUCCCUUAUCGGCCCACAAUUUCCCACCUCUGCUUUUCCUUAUUUCUGAUAUGCCGUUUGACAAGUUGCAAAGAACUCUAUCAUUGAUGUUGCUGAGACAGCAGUUCCGCUGGCCCACACGCCGCACCGCCGCCUUCGGAAUUUUGGCUCUGCUAGUGGUCUCCAGUCUCUCGUGGUACCUUGGUGGUGAUGGUAUCAACCCCGUGCAUGAGCAACUAUCCAGAUACACGACCACUUAUGACAAUGCAACGAAUGAGAUUGGCUUGGUACUAGCAGCGAGGAAGCACGAAGGUCUAAAUUGGGUGCUGGAAUAUUGUAGGGAUCACGGGACAAUUCCAUUUGUCUACACCACUGAUGCCAACCCGGCGCCUCAUCUUUUGACUCCGCGUACGAUUCGUGGUCGCGAGGCCACCGCCUACCUCUCCUUUAUCAUCGACUAUUACGACAGACUGCCGAGUUACACCUUCUUCGUACAUUCCGAUCAUGACCAGUGGCAUAAUGACCUCUUUGGCCCCAAUACUGGGCCCAUCCUGCGCAAUCUCCGCUUGGAGGCUGUCGAUGCGCGAGGUUAUCUUAAUCUUCGAUGUGAGCAUGAGCCCGGCUGUCCGACAAGUGUUCAGCCGUGGAGCCCGUCAAACCUCGAUAAACAAAACCGUGAUAUCCGCGCCUAUUUUGCCGAGGUAUACCAAAUACUGUUUGAUGUUCCUGCCGACCAAGUUCCAGAGCAGAUUGGAAAUGUCUGUUGUGCUCAAUUUGCUGUUAGCCGGGCGCGAAUCCUUCAACGGCCCCGAUCAGAUUACGAGCGCAUGUUACGCUGGGCGGAUGAAACAAAGCUGACAGAUAGUUUUGGAGUUGGAUGGGUUUUCGAAAAGAUUUGGCACAUCAUCUUCGGAAUGGAGGCUAUAUAUUGCCCUCGAUAUGAACAAUGUCGGUGCGACGCAUAUGGCUGGUGUGGACCUUUGGUAUCGGGUGAGACUCUAACAGCAGUGUGAGCAAAUCAGGCGUUAUGAUGGAGCCGAUUAUUCUACUUGAAACAUAG